AUGGCUGCCGCUCCCCAAUUGCCAAUCGAGUCCCUCCCGGCUUGGGCCACCCUACAAGAUGUGAGGCUCCAACAGGUUGCCAUGCGCCGCAUCGAGGGCAAAGGAUAUGGACUCGUUGCGGAGAUCGAACUGAAUGCUUCGAAAAAAUUGAACGAAGCUCUCGAAAUUAUAAGGAUCCCUGCCGAGCUCGUACUAUCAAGAGAGGCUGUUGAAGAGUAUGUCAAGGUGGACCAACACUUCAAACAACUCAUAGAUACCGUUGGCAGAAAGUCCGCUCGACUCGACAUUAUGCUCUAUUUACUGGUACACAUCGUCUCAGGAAGACAUGUUGGGGACAAAACCAAGCGUUGUGUAUCAACUCCAUGGAGCGAAUAUAUCAAAUUUCUACCAAAAGAUAUUCCCGUGCCUACAUUAUGGUCAGAGCCUCAUCAGAUGCUUUUGCGAGGAACUUCAUUGGAGGACGCACUGGAUGCGAAGGUCACUGCGCUACAAAGUGAGUUUGACAAGCUACGGGACGCCUCGACAACCCUACCAUUUUGGAAUAGACUAUUCUGGGAGGAGGAUGGCGCCGCAUUCCCCGACUGGCUUCUCGCAGAUGCUUGGUACAGAUCUAGAUGUCUGGAGCUUCCCCAAGCAAGCCACGCUAUGGUCCCCGCGCUCGACAUGGUGAACCACUCUGCUGCCGGCGCAACGGCCUACUACGAAGAGGAGACGAGCGGGGACGUGUCGCUUCGGAUCAGGCCGGGUGCCAGCGUCGCUGCCGGGGACGAAAUCAACAUCUCGUACGGGGACAGCAAGGCGGCGGCCGAGAUGCUCUUCAGCUACGGCUUCAUCGACCCGGAUGGCAAGACGCGACAGCUGACGCUGCACCUCGAGAGCUUUCCAGACGACCCGCUCGGCCUGGCGAAGCGGCGUGUUUUUGGUGGCGCCCCCGUUGUCACGCUCCGCCAGACCGAGGGCGGCAGCGGAGGCGGCGACAGACUGUGGGACAGUGGCUUCGUGCACCUCAUGUGCCUCAACGAGGAGGACGGGCUCGAGUUUCGCAUCCUGCAGGACGAUGCGGGCGACAGGCAGCUGAGGGUCUUCUGGCAGGACGAAGAUGUCACGGAGCGAGCGGGAGACUUUGAGACACUACUGAAAGAUCACCCGCUGCAAGCACUCUUCCAGCUCCGGGCCGUGUCGGUGGUCCAGGAACGGGCGGCGAGCCAGCUGCAGAAGCUGGCAGCCGCGCCGAGUAGUGAGCAGCUGGAACCCUUGAUUGCGGCAGACAUCAUCGACCAGAAUCAUGUAGACCUGGUCUCGACCCUCAAGGAUAUCGAGCGUUCUGUGCUCGAAGCCGUUGUGGCGGAACUAGAAAAAGAGAAAUCCCGACUAGUUGAACACGAAACUGUUGUGGCGUAUUUCGGGUCGAUGGAAGAUGACCAAAACGAGUUAGCACAAGACGAUACAACCGCGCCAGCCAAUGACGACGUCGACUUUAGCUAG